AUGCGGAGAAUGGCCCAGCUGCAACCACCGCAACCACCACCAGACGAGACGUCGUCGGGCGCAACAGGGUUCGGGAGUAGCCUUGGACGUAUAAUGCGACCUACGAACGAGCUCAAAAUGCGUUGUACGGAACUAGAUGAACAUGGUAAUGUUACACUUGUCAGUGGAGAGUUUAAGAAGAGCGAGUUGAUCGCUAAGUACGGUCUGCUUCCUCGCGACCUUCGCAAAAUUGAUUCGUCGCUCCUCCCGCACAUUCUCGUUCGACCUUCUGCGAUCCUGAUAAACCUCCUCAACCUUCGUGUCCUCCUAAAGCACAACCGCGUCCUUGUCUUCGAUGCAUACGGCACCACCGAUUCGAAGUCGCAGUCCGUCUUCAUGUACGAUCUUGACCUCAAACUCCGCCAGAAAGAAUCCACGAUCAACGGCACACUCGCCUAUGAAUUCCGAGCACUUGAAGCUGUCCUCAUAAGUGUAACAUUAAGUUUGGAAAAGGAAUUCGAAGGCGUGAGUGAGCCAGUGGUGCGAGUUCUGAGAGAGCUGGAAGAGGACAUCGAUAGAGACAAGUUGCGGUACCUGCUCAUUUACAGCAAGAAGCUGGGUAGUUUCGAACAAAAGGCACGGUUGGUCAGGAACGCACUUGAGGAAUUGCUAGAAGCCGACGACGAUCUCAGCGCCAUGUACUUGACAGAGAAGGCGGAGGGCAAGACACGCGAAGACGAUGAUCAUACCGAAGUCGAAAUGCUCCUCGAAUCCUACCACAAGGUCGCCGACGAAAUCGUACAAGCUGCUGAGAACUUGGUGUCUAGCAUCAGGAACACCGAGGAGAUUGUCAAGGCCAUUCUCGACGCCAACCGCAAUUCCCUCAUGCUCCUCGACCUCAAGUUCUCCAUCCUCACCCUCGCGAUUACAGCAGGUACAUUUGUCGCCGCUCUAUACGGUAUGAACCUGAAGAACUUCAUCGAAGAAUCUGAUCUCGGUUUCUUUGGCAUAAGCGCCUGGUGUUCAGUAUUCGGCUGCUUCGUCGCUGUAUACGGACUGUCAAAGCUUCGUAAGGUGCAACGGGUUAGCAUGUAUGGUCAUGGACCCGGUGCACUCGUUAGCAGGGAGCCAACUAGACCAACAGUAGCUCCAGGCAAUACAUGGGGCCUUGGCGCGUGGGGUGGUGGCAGUAGGAACGGAGUUAGUCGAGGGGAUAUGGGCAGCACGAUGCCGGCCGGAGCACCGGAUUUGGGGGGUGUAACGAAGAGAGGCGAUACGCUCGCAAGUGUCAUGGAAAGAGAGAGGGCGUUGGCGAGGAAGUUGGCCAAGGUCGAGCAGAGGGCUGAUGAUGCUGCGAGACGUUGA